AUGGACAGCUCCUCGAAAUUUCUCGAUUACAGUCUACUCGCGGGGGACGAGACACCACUUUGCACACCAACGACGGAUCAUGCAAUGCUGCCAUAUAUUUUGAAAACACCCGAACGCAAAACAAAAGACUGCGCCGAUUUCUUUGCCCAGGUCUCUCAGGGCUUCUCACUGCGCAGCAUGGAUAUCUUCAGGGUUCUGUCACUUGGCACGACCGUGGGGAAGGCUGGCAAAUCGGCACCCAGUGGCGCACUCCCAUCAUCCGGGAGUCGAGCUAACGCACAGCUCUUCCACGACGACGUGGGGACGACCAGAGGCACCAAGAGAAAGAGGGCAGCCCAGAACGAAGAGGACGGAAGUGACGAAGAAGAUGUCAGCGACCUGGACUUCUUCGCCCCCAAGGAUACCACGAAGGGCGUCAAAAAGGCUUCCGCGCCACCAAAAACAACACAAAACCUGAAGCCAUCGCCAAAGGCGAAGCUGCUGGAGGAGGACGAAUGCAAACAAAUCCUGCGAUCGCACCGACUAAAGUUCACGCUCCUCUCGGCGGGGGCUGACAAGAAAUCAAAAGUCAAGAAGAGCAAGAAAAAGGCAAAGGCAGCUGCGAAAGAGGUCAAAUCAGACAAGAAGCAGUUGUUUCCACAACCGCUGCAGGCUUUUAGCGAGCUGAGAUCUACUUACAACAUUUCCUCCCGACUGGCGGACAACCUCGAUGCUCAGGGAUACCGGGAACCGACCGAAGUGCAGAUGGCUGGUCUGCCUCUGCUACUAGACCCUGUGCGCGCUCUCGGAAGUGCCUUGGGCGAGGAUGUGCCAACCGAGUCCGUCGACUUCAUGGGAGUCGCACCCACUGGUAGUGGGAAGACAGUCAGCUUCUUGAUCCCUGCCAUAAACAGCAUUAUGAAGAGGAGGGCUGGAUCCGAGGAUCGGAAGGUGCACACCUUGGAGGCAGUCAUAGUUGCGCCCACAAGAGAACUCGCGAAUCAAAUACACAAUGAGGGUCUCAAGUUGACUGCAGGCACGGGAAUCAAAAUCGCGGCUAUGAGAAAGGGCAUGCGGAUUGUCGCAGAGGACGGUGUCGCCGAGGUCGAAGAGAAGGAGAGCGAGAGCGAGUCUUCCAACGGCAGUGAAGAGGAAGAUUCGGGCUCAGAGAGCGACGAGGACGACUCUACAAAGCCAGUCACGAAGGCCGACAUACUGGUCACAACGCCCAUGCUACUGCUCAAUUUUCUCAACAAAAGGAAAACGAAGCGGACGAUCCCAUCUGUCAAGUCUCUGAUUUUGGACGAAGCGGACGUGCUCCUGGAUGAGCUUUUUCGUGAUCAGACAAUUGGCAUCUGGACGGCUUGCACCAAUCCAGAACUACACCUGACUUUCUGGUCUGCAACGAUGGGAUCUAACAUCGAGACCCUCGCCACGGAGCAGCUGAAGUCUCAUUAUAAGGUGCUGGGCACCGCAUCCAAGCCUCUUAUCCGGCUGGUGGUUGGACUGAAGGACACAGCGGUACCGAAUGUGACACACAAACUCACAUACACUGCCACGGAGCCUGGAAAAUUGUACGCCCUCCGCCAGCUCCUUCAUCCCGUCUCUGGCUCUGAAACAGGCCCAUCUCUCCGACCGCCUUUCAUUGUUUUUACUCAGACGAUCGAUCGGGCCACCGCUCUCCACGAAGAAUUGAAAUACGACAUUCCAAUUGAGGCGGGCGGCUCAGCCCGCAUUGCCGUGCUCCACUCGUCACUGUCGGACUCAGUCCGUUCCAAUAUUAUGCGCCGUUUCCGCCUCGGCGAAAUCUGGGUGCUGAUCACCACAGACGUCCUCGCGCGAGGCGUUGACUUCGCCGGCGUAAACGGUGUUGUCAACUAUGAUGUCCCUACGAGCGCCGCAGCGUACGUGCACCGGGCUGGGCGAACUGGACGGGCAGGUCGCGAGGGAGGUGUGGCAGUGACGCUGUACACUAAGGACGAUAUGCCCUACAUCAAGACGUUCGCAAAUGUGAUUGCAAUGAGCGAGAAGCAGGCGGGCAAGGAGGAGUCAAAGGUAUUGAGGGCACUGCUGGAUGCGCUGCCGGACGUGAAGAAAGAGGAUAAGAAGAAACUCAAGACCAGAGGCGUGGAGAGCCGGAGAACAGGAGCUGCCAUGAUUACGUCGAAGAGUACUUGGGAGAGGAAGAAGGAGCAUAACCGAAAAGCGGCCAUCAAAGAGAGCCGGAAGAGAAAGAGUGCUUGA